AAAUACAGUAUUACUGUUACAGUCUGUUGUGCACCUUACUGCUUAUAACGACUCCACCGUGUCAUAGUAUGCGAAAUGCCUUUCUCAAUUCUCCGUUGACAUUCCCCUGCAGUUAAAGGACAGCAGAGAUACAAGAAGAAAAAAAGUCAUGGUUUUUUAAACUGGGAUAUUAACCAUUCAUAACGCCGGAGAUGAAAGAUGGACGUCAGUGAUGCCCAAUAGAAAAAAGCAAGAUUUCAAAAUGAUUCCGUCAGUCAAUUGGGAAGUAAUGACGCAGUUAACGAAUCCGCCCCCGAAUAUUUGCCUGGACCAAUGAGAAGGCUGGUGCGAAUCGCGAGCGGGCUUCGGACUGGGGGGGUUCUUUAUGCGGCAGCGCAUGCAGGAUUUGGCAAAGCGGUAAAAACAAGCGCAGCUGCGGCGGGCGGUGAAACGGACUUAACAGGUACCGGCGAGGCUCGGCUUAAGACUGGACAGCGUCCCGACAGAAAUCUUGCCAAGUGAGAGUGUGAAUCAGCUUCUAGGUAUCUGAAAGAGUGUGCUAUCUCCAUGUAUCCUGAAUCAACCACUGACUCCCCAGCUCGACUCUCACUGCGACAAACUGGCUCCCCAGGCAUGAUUUACAGUGCUCGUUAUGGGAGCCCUAAAAGGCAACUGCAGUUUUACAGAAAUCUUGGAAAAUCUGGACUGAGAGUGUCUUGCCUUGGACUUGGAACAUGGGUAACCUUUGGAGGCCAGAUUACUGAUGAGAUGGCAGAACAGCUGAUGACGCUGGCAUAUGAGAAUGGGAUCAAUCUGUUUGACACAGCAGAAGUCUACGCCGCGGGCAAGGCAGAAGUGGUGCUCGGAAGUAUAAUAAAAAAGAAAGGAUGGAGGAGAUCCAGCUUGGUCAUCACAACAAAAAUCUUCUGGGGUGGAAAGGCAGAAACUGAAAGAGGACUGUCAAGAAAACAUAUAAUAGAAGGCCUAAAGGCAUCUUUAGAGCGUCUACAGUUGGAGUAUGUCGAUGUGGUUUUUGCCAACAGGCCUGAUCCCAACACUCCUAUGGAAGAAACGGUCAGAGCUAUGACUCAUGUGAUCAACCAAGGAAUGGCCAUGUAUUGGGGAACCUCUCGAUGGAGCUCCAUGGAAAUAAUGGAAGCAUAUUCUGUAGCACGACAAUUCAACUUGAUCCCACCCAUCUGUGAACAGGCAGAGUAUCACAUGUUUCAAAGAGAAAAGGUUGAAGUGCAGCUCCCUGAACUCUUCCACAAAAUAGGGGUGGGAGCCAUGACGUGGUCCCCACUGGCUUGUGGUAUAAUUUCUGGAAAAUACGACAGUGGGGUACCACCCUACUCAAGGGCCUCGCUAAAGGGAUACCAAUGGUUAAAAGACAAGAUCCUGAGUGAAGAGGGCCGGCGUCAGCAGGCGAAGCUGAAAGAGUUGCAGGCCAUCGCAGAGAGGCUGGGCUGCACACUGCCGCAGCUAGCCAUUGCCUGGUGUCUGAGGAAUGAAGGUGUCAGUUCAGUUCUUUUGGGGGCAUCUAACACAGACCAGCUAAUGGAGAAUAUUGGUGCAAUCCAGGUCCUUCCAAAGCUGUCAUCUUCCAUUGUGCACGAGGUGGACAGUAUUUUGGGUAACAAGCCGUACAGCAAAAAGGACUACCGGUCCUAAUGGUUGAUGAGCAGCUGCGGCCUGCUGGACUGGCGCCGCUCAACUCCUCGACCUCUGCCUGCUCCUGUUUAUGCUUGGGCUUCUACUGAAUGAGAACUGAACUUUUGGCUUUGGUCAACACUCCGCUGAUAUUGGAGGGAGGUGUGACGGAGCCGAGAGCUGACCGCGUUCUUUACAAAUUACAGUAAUGCAACUGAACAAAACAGCAGUGGCUCGCUUGGCAGACUAAAACAUUUAUUCCCUUCCGGCUUUGUUUGUUUUUUUUUCCUUUAUUUUUUUACUUAUUUGAAUGGAUGAGCAGGAGGGCAUCUUCUAAGGUGUCAGCUUUAUUUGUGCUUCCUCAACCAAAGCCAUGCCGAACUGAGCACGCAACGGACAAAGGGGUAAAUGAUCCUGUUUUGGGGUUGGUGGGUCGGGCACUAAGGGGCUUAGGAGACGCUACUCUGCUGUGCAUGGUCUCCCUGACUGGGAGUGCUGCUGCUUCCCUUCUCCUGACAGUCCUUAAAGGAAUCCAUUUGUUUUCAUCCACGCUGCAGACACAGACACACACACACACACACACAUAUAUAUAUAUAUAUUUAAUAUACACAUUUACAGUCCAAGUAUAUACUGUAUACGUACAUAAAAAUAUAGCAUGGUCAAAUGUAAGCUAGUGUGAAGCUGGCCCACUUGGUCUAAGAGCUUCUUUAAUCAAACGCAUGUGCCGAGUUCAGUUGCUUUUUCACAUCAACUUCACCAAUGGGCACACACCUCUUUUGCCCCCUCUUGUAUCUGUGCCCUUCCAACGGGCAAUACUGACUGGAACUGAAACUGUGACACGCAGGGGCACAUUGCUGCACUACUCCCUGCACUGAUGGUAUGUGAGGGGCUGCCAGCCUGACAUCCUAAUGCAGUAGUCGGUGAUUGUGCCCAUUGCCUCACUCUGCCUGGUUUAUUAUUAGUAACGGGGGUAUGAAGCCAUGUGCGAGGCAGCAGGCAUCUCUGCUGCCAACAAAUGUACGUUAAAGUGAGGAGUGAGAGCGACUGUAAAUAUGAGAGCUACAUAACUAUUACACGGGGACCAAUAAGGCAGCAGAUGGCACUGGGGCCUCUGUAAGACCCCAUUCCAGUAGGACUCCUGAGUAACUCGGUUUGGCUCCUCCAGUCUGAAAGCCUGGUCCUGUGAUAGUGGAGCCGUUCCACAAGGCAUUGGCUCCCACUGUCUACGAUCUGCAUCUUUAGGUGACGUAGCUAAUUGACAAAUUUCAAUCCUGAAGUGUCAGCCCAUCUAGUAAAUGGUGACUGAUGAUUUCACAGGUCAGGUUAAUGUUCAGGUCACUGCAGUGCUCAGUGCUUUGCCACUAUUGCACUCCCCUGGUUAAAGUAAAGCUUUGACGGCUGUCAUUACCUUCAGACCACUGUGUGCUAAACUGGAGUCCCGACUGGCACCACUUUUGAGUUCCUCAUGUAAAAUCAAAUGAGCUUCGUAAUCCUCACAACAUCUCUUUGGUGGACUUCAUCUUGUUAUCUACUGCAAGCAGGCACUCGCUGUUGCGGGGAUGGGUGUGUGUGUGUGUGUGUGUGUUACGGUCACCAGGGGAUUACGCUGUGCGGGUCAGUGCUAGAAAGCCCCAGUCCCAAUGAUGAUUCAGUUAGUUGGUGUUUGCUCAAGUGACAAUGUCGAGCUGCUUUACCCCUUGGGAGGCUGCACUGGAGGCUCAACGAUGUUGGCACCAUGGGCGUCUCUGUAGGCACCACAGUGGGGGCCUGUACUGCCGAGCUGGCGUUUCAUGCACAAGCCCAACUCUGGAUGUAUAUACUCUGUAUAUAAGGCCUCUGUGGUUGUGCUCAGUUUUGCUUUUUCAUUUCGUAAGCAUCUGCUGCCUGCAUCUUGCUUCGAGGUCUGACUCUGGACAGACGACAUGUACAGCUUCACUAUUUAUGAAAUGACAAUAAAUACACAAAUCUGUUCAA